GGGACUGAGUAUGGAUCAUUUGAACGAGGCAACUCAGGGGAAAGAACAUUCAGAAAUGUCUAACAAUGUAAGCGAUCCGAAGGGUCCACCAGCCAAAAUUGCGCGCUUGGAACAGAAUGGGAGCCCAUUAGGAAGAGGAAGACUUGGAAGUACAGGAACUAAAAUGCAAGGAGUGCCUUUAAAACACUCUGGACACCUGAUGAAAACUAAUAUUAGAAAAGGAAGUAUGCUUCCAGUUUUCUGUGUAGUGGAACAUUAUGAAAAUGCCAUUGAGUAUGAUUCUAAGGAGGAGCAUGCAGAAUUUGUGUUGGUGAGGAAGGAUAUGCUUUUCAACCAACUGAUUGAAAUGGCAUUGCUAUCACUGGGAUAUUCUCACAGCUCUGCUGCCCAAGCAAAAGGGCUAAUCCAGGUUGGAAAGUGGAAUCCAGUUCCCCUCUCCUAUGUGACGGAUGCCCCUGAUGCUACAGUAGCAGACAUGCUGCAAGAUGUUUAUCAUGUGGUCACAUUGAAAAUCCAGUUACACAGUUGCCCUAAACUAGAAGACUUGCCUCCUGAACAAUGGUCUCACACAACAGUAAGAAAUGCUCUGAAGGACUUACUGAAGGAUAUGAACCAGAGUUCAUUGGCCAAGGAAUGUCCCCUUUCACAGAGUAUGAUUUCUUCCAUUGUGAACAGCACUUACUAUGCAAAUGUCUCAGCAGCAAAAUGUCAGGAAUUUGGAAGGUGGUAUAAACAUUUCAAGAAGGCAAAAGAUAUGAUGGUUGAGAUGGAUAGCCUUUCUGAACUAUCCCAACAAGGUGCCAACCAUGUCAACUUCGGUCAGCAGCCAGUCCCAGGGAACACAGCCGAACAGCCUCCAUCCCCUGUUCAGCUUUCUCAUGGUAGUCAACCAUCUGUUCGGACCCCGCUUCCAAACCUGCACCCUGGACUUGUAUCUACUCCUAUUAGCCCUCAGCUGGUAAAUCAGCAGCUGGUAAUGGCCCAGUUGCUGAACCAGCAGUAUGCAGUGAACAGACUUCUAGCCCAGCAGUCCUUAAACCAACAGUACUUGAACCACCCUCCUCCUGUCAGUAGAUCCAUGAACAAGCCGUUGGAGCAGCAGGUCUCAACAAACACAGAGGUGUCUUCCGAAAUCUACCAGUGGGUCCGUGACGAACUGAAACGAGCAGGAAUCUCACAGGCAGUAUUUGCACGUGUGGCUUUUAACCGAACUCAGGGCUUGCUCUCAGAAAUCCUCCGAAAGGAAGAGGAUCCCAAGACUGCCUCGCAGUCCUUACUGGUAAACCUUCGGGCUAUGCAGAACUUCUUGCAGCUGCCAGAAGCCGAACGAGAUCGAAUUUACCAGGACGAAAGGGAAAGGAGCUUGAACGCAGCCUCUGCCAUGGGCCCAGCACCUCUCAUAAGCACACCGCCUAGCCGUCCUCCACAAGUCAAAACAGCUACUAUUGCUACAGAAAGGAAUGGAAAAACAGAAAAUAAUUCCAUGAACAUUAAUGCUUCCAUUUAUGAUGAGAUUCAGCAGGAAAUGAAGAGAGCUAAAGUAUCUCAAGCGCUGUUUGCAAAGGUUGCAGCAACCAAAAGCCAGGGGUGGCUCUGUGAGCUGUUACGUUGGAAAGAAGAUCCCUCACCAGAGAACAGGACCCUCUGGGAGAAUCUCUCCAUGAUCCGAAGGUUCCUCAGUCUUCCUCAGCCUGAACGAGAUGCCAUUUAUGAACAAGAAAGCAAUGCAGUUCAUCACCAUGGUGACAGGCCUUCCCACAUUAUCCAUGUUCCAGCAGAACAGAUUCAGAGCCCCUCUCCCAGCACCCUUGGGAAAGGAGAGCAUAGAGGCGCUUUCUUACCAGGCCUGCUGACCACUGGACCGUGGCUGGGUGCUGCUCCGCAGCAGCAGCAGCAGCAGCAACAGCAACAGCAGCAACAGCAACAGCAACCAGGUCCCAGACUACCCCCAAGGCAACCGACAGUAGCAUCACCAGCUGAAUCUGAGGAUGAAAAUCGUCAGAAACCGCGACCACGAACAAAGAUUUCUGUUGAAGCCCUCGGGAUCCUACAGAGUUUCAUACAAGACGUAGGCCUGUAUCCAGACGAAGAAGCAAUCCAGACUCUCUCCGCUCAGCUUGACCUACCCAAGUACACCAUUAUCAAGUUCUUUCAGAACCAGCGAUACUAUCUCAAGCACCAUGGGAAGCUGAAGGACAAUUCUGGUUUGGAGGUGGAUGUGGCAGAAUACAAGGAGGAAGAGUUGCUCAAGGAUUUAGAAGACAGCAUCCAAGACAAAAAUGCAAACACGCUUUUUUCAGUUAAACUAGAAGAAGAGUUAUCAGUAGAAGGGAACACAGAGAUUAAUGCUGAAUUGAAAGACUGAUCUAAAGUAUUAUUUUCAUUCAACAGUGCCACUGGUAUUUACUAAUGAAAUGAAAAUUCCAUCUUGCGUUCUGUCAAAAACCUUUAAUAUUCAUUGUUUGGCCAAUGAAUCUUCCAAAACUUGCACAAAAGUUGAAAAAAGGAUAAUGCAGACUGCACUAGAUGUUUUACUCUGUUUUACAAACUGCUUCGCAGCAACAGAUGAAGCGUUGAGGAUUGUUUGAUAUUAAUUUGUGUUCACUGGAUACACUGUGAGUGUACCCAAUAAGCAUGAUACCAGUGAUUUUGAUUCUGGAGCCUUCAGACAAGCAUUACAACUUUUGUGAUUUACUGUUUUUUGUUUCUGUUUUGUUCUUGUUUUUUAAUUAUUACUGUAGCACUCCACACUUGAUCUUUGGAAACUCACAUUUAUUUAAAAAAAUAAAAUAAAAGAGUUUGUUACUCUUGUUCUAUUGUAUGUUACAAAAGAACUAUAGACUGUGGAAUGCAGUUUAAAGAUAACAUAUGCCAACAAAUGCCUUGUAUUAUAUGGCACUGCCGUAAUUCAGAUUUGUUUUCUUUUGGAAAUAAAGGUCACUGUAUUUUUUUUUCCAUUCUCAUUGUUACAUGGUUUUAAAGAAAAUGAAAAAGAAAAUGUGAAACACAAUUUAGUCCUCAUUAUUUAUU